AUGGCAGAAAAUGGAGUUCCGGGAAAUAAAAGGCCUUGGAGAAGCUUAUCCCUAGGGGACAAAGUCAGGAGAAAGGCUAACAAGAAGUACGGGCCGGAAGCUGAAGAUGCGUCCUCUUCUGCCUCUAUCGUUUCAUUUUUCAAUAAAGUCCCCCCUUCUGCCGUGGCCUGUCCCCUGUGUGGGCAGACAGUGCCAAGAUACCAAAUCAACCAGCACAUUGAUGAAGUGUGUCAAAAGAGCCCUGAUGCUGAUAAUGACGUGGUUCUGGUUGAGCCUGCAUCUGGGGUGGAUGCUGGUACUUCCGGGGGUCGUCAGCUGAGCCCUUCCAGCCCAUACUCUGCAAAGGAGGCCUCGACCCUGGAGAAGAACCCAGCAACCCCAGAAGGCAGUGGCCUCAAAAGGAAACGUGGGGCCGGAGAACAAACAAGCCCCUAUUUUAAAGGGGAUGCUAGCUUGGUAGGGAGCGACAGCAAGCCCUCAGUUCAGGCAGUCAAAAAGAUCUCUCUGGGAAGUUUGGUGUCUAAGCUCUCCAGGAGACGCGGUGCCCAGGGUGGUAACAGGGGACGCAGGCAUGCCAAGACCUGCCUGACCCCAGACUCACAGGACAGUGACGCAGAACGCAGCCUAGGAGACGCCACUCCUGAAAGUGGUUCCCAGAAAGAAAAUUGUUUCCCUUUUUCAAGAUCCGAGGAACAGCGUAGUCUGAAAGGAAGUUUAACAAGCACACCUGGAACUCCUGGCACAGCGCGAGACGGUGAUCCGGGGGUGCUCCAGGUUGGUUCGGAGGAUUCCACUCAUGUGUCUGUCCCGUUGGGUUAUCUUGAUGGCAAUGAACUUGCCCUGCCAGCAGGAGGGGGCAGUAAGCAGCCAAAGAGUCCCAUAGACCCCGUUCUCAAUCCUGGCCAGCAUGCAGCGUGUUUAGCAGCUGAUGGUGAAGCAGGGCCGUCUGAUUUGGAAAUCCAGGGGCUCUCGCCUGGUGAGCACGAUCCGUUAUCUCCUGCAAAACAGAAGCCCUUUAAGCGAAAGCAGAAAUACCCCUCCUACAGAGUUGACACCAAACAGCUUCCCGGGGAAGGCCGUCCAGACUUAAGGAGUGAAAUGACAGCUGGCCACGCAGGGCCUCCUGAAAAACCAGCCAUUGGGAAUACGAGUGGCACCAUUUUGGGGGCGCUCCCUGAUCCCUCUGGCUUUGCGGCAGACUUGGGGGGGCAUCCGUAUUAUCUCCAGAAUUUCCGGAGGGUCGUGCGAGCCGUGUUGGAGGAGUCGGAUGACAGGAGGCUGUUUAAUGCACACGAAUUGCUGCUUGUUGGUAAAUUCUACGAGCUGUCAGCCGGCGGACAGAAGUUAUACGUAAGGCUUUUCCAACGCAAACUGAGCUGGAUAAAAACCGGCAAACUGAAGUACCCAGAGAUUGGUGACGAUUUAUCGCCGUACGUGGAACAGCUCGUUGGUGCAGGAUUCCUAGAGUCAGACUCAGAUUUACGAGUUUUGUCCGAGGUUCUCGACCUGCUCUCCGCCCCCGAGCUGAAAACCUUGGCGCAGACCUUCCACCUGGCAAACCCAAACGCUCAAAAGCACCAGCUCCUCAAAGACUUCCUCAAGCUGGCGAAGCAACGGUCCGUCUUCAGCAGCAAGGAAUCGGGCGUCGGAAGCGUGAUUCUGAAAAGGGCUAAGGAUCUGGCUGGGAAAUCGGUCCGGCUUUGUAAAGGCCCGCGGGAGGUCUUCUCACGGGUGCUCCUGCUCUUCACCCUGACCGACCCAACAGAAGAGGAGGAAGCCGGGAGCGGUGGCCAAAAAGCGCUCUCCACCCUUCUGCUGGUCAACCUGGGCCGGACGGCCUUCCCUGCUUACAUAGUCAAGACGGAACACCUGAUAUUUCAGGAUCGGGAUGACUUCCUCAGAUAUGCCACCGCUGCCCACACGUCCAGUGACAUCUCUGUGGCCAUGGCAAAUCGAGACUGGGAAGAAGCGCAUAGGCUCUACGAGGCUGCGAAGGACACCUGGCGGAAAAUGGAGGCUCAUCCUUCCCUGAGGCACCACGCAACCCUCCCGGAAUACCUGCGGUGCUUCACGGUUGGGUGGGUGUACACACGGAUCCUGUCGCGGGGAGUCGAGAUCCUGCAGAGAUUUCUCAUGUAUAAGGGAGCCGUGGAGCAGCUCGAGGACCUCCUGGCGCAAGAGGUUUAUUGCACCGACAGCAGAGGCCGGUGGUGGGAUCGCCUGGCCCUUAAUUUGCACCAGCACUUGAAAGAGACAGAGAAGGCCAUCAGCUGCAUCAGGAAAGGCCUCCUGGAUCCGUUUGUGCGCACGGGCCACCGUCUCGCCCUCUCCCAGCGGGCCCAGCGGAUGAGAGAGUCCCCGGCUUGUAAGAAACUGAGGCAUCUCCUCCAAGACCUGCCGGUGAUUUCGGUGGAAGACGUUGCACACGUCACCAUCAAAGGAAAGCUGUGCCCACAAACUGGGAUGGGGAAAUCCGUGUUCAUCAGGGAAGACCUUGGACCAGACGGCGGGGGAGAAGGUCGUGAGCCGUCAGUGGUCGUGUGCUCUGUGGAGGAACUGGCCUUGGCCCAUUAUGAGCAGAAAGGCUUUGACCAAGGCAUUCACGGCGAAGGGUCUACGUUCAGCACGCUCUACGGCCUCCUGAUGUGGGACAUCCUCUUCAUGGAUGGGGUACCUGAUGUUUUCAGGAACCCCUACCAGUCCUACCCCCUGGACCUGUACACCGACAGCUUCUACGAGAACCGGAAAGAGGCCAUUGAAGCCAGACUCCAGCUCCUGCGCGAUGCUUCACCGGAGACCCUGAUGGAGUGGAUUGGCGAGGUCUGGAAUGCCCAGAAGGGCAAAGCAGUGGCGCUGGUCAGCUGGGAUCGGUUCUCCUCCCUUGAGCAGGCACAGAGCCUGGCGCGUUGCUUCGGAGGCUCGUUUCUGAGCGGCAUUUGCCGGCAGCUGUCCAGAGAUCUGCGCCACUGCAGGGGUGGCCUCCCCGAUCUGGUCGUGUGGAGGACAGAAGAUCGCCAAUUCAAGGUGGUGGAGGUGAAAGGCCCCAAUGAUCGUCUCUCCCCCAAACAGAUGCUCUGGUUAGCUGAGCUGAAGCGCCUGGGGGCGGACGUGGAGGUCUGCCACGUGACCGCAGUCGGAUCUAAGAGCGAACGCCUGAGCUGA